AAUUCUGAAAUUAGCACCCGACUCGAGCUCGGUUUCAAUGUUGGCCACGACACCUGUUCAUGGACUCAGGUACGUGGUCAUGCCCACACGCUCAUGGCUUCAUAGGUUUCGUUGCUGCUCCUCUUCUCUCGCUCCUCUCUCUCCUUCUGAAUUCUCCGGCGGUAAUAAAACCCAGAAGAAGCUGAACGACGAGAACAACAUCAACGGAAGCAAUGAGAAAACGGCGCCGUAUUAUCCCAAACGAGGGCAAACAGUGGAGCUUGUGUGCGAGAGUUUAGGAUUCAAAGGCAAAGGAAUCUGCAAAGUUGAUGGAACUGGCUUCGUCGUUAUGUGUGACCGAGCUCUUCCCGGUGAACGUUUUCUCGGCCGUAUCACUCGCCGCAAAGGCAGCUAUGCUGAGGUGACAAAAAUCAAGACGAUAUCUCCACAUAAGGACUUAGUAGAAGCUCCAUGUGAGUAUGCAUCUUACUGUGGUGGUUGCAAAAGUCAGAAUCUCUCUUAUGAAGCUCAGCUUAGAGCUAAAGAAGAGCAAGUUCAUGAACUUAUCAGACAUGUUGGAAGGUUUUCUGAUAACAAUCCUGGCCUUGAGAUUGUGUUAAAGCCUAUUGUUGCUUGUGAUAUCCAAUUCAAUUAUCGGAAUAAGAUGGAGUUUUCAUUUGGUCCACAAAGAUGGCUUCCGAUUGAAAUGUUGCACGAGAAAGAAGAUGGUCCUAAGAACUUUGCAUUGGGGUUACACGCACCUGGAUUUUUUGACAAGGUUUUAAAUGUCGAUAAGUGCUUACUACAGAGCGAGCCAGGAAACUUGGUUCUUGCUGCUGUUCAAGAUUGCUGGAGAGAUCCCGAAUUAAGUCUUUCACCAUAUAAUUGUCGUUCACAUGUUGGAUUUCUUAAACAUUUGAUGCUGAGAACUGGAAGGAAUGUGGAGACUGGUUCACAAGAACUUAUGGUCAAUUUUGUGACAUCGUCUUAUAAGCCAGAGCUUUUGAAGCCCCUGGUUGAUAGGAUUUCAUCAAUUCCUCAAGUGGUAAGCAUCAUGAAUAAUGUAAAUUCUUCGAUAGGAAAUACAUCCGUUGGCGAAAAGGAAUACACUCUUUACGGGAAAGAUACAAUCACAGAGGUCUUAAGAGGCCUUACAUUUCAAAUUUCAGCCAACUCUUUCUUUCAGACUAACACUCAUCAGGCUGAAGUUUUAUAUAAGCUUAUUGAGGAAUCCGCUGGACUUAAAGGAGAUGGCUCAGAAGUCGUGCUCGAUCUUUUCUGUGGAACUGGUACCAUAGGUCUUACACUUGCCAAAAGGGCGAAACACGUAUAUGGUUAUGAAGUUGUCCCACAAGCAAUAACAGAUGCACACAAGAAUGCCCAAAUAAACGGGAUAGAGAAUGCAACGUUCAUCCAAGGGGAUCUAAACAAAAUAGGAGAAGAUUUUGGGAACAAUUUCCCUAAGCCUGAUAUCGUUAUUUCUGAUCCUAAUCGACCUGGUAUGCACAUGAAGUUGAUCAAGUUUCUGCUAAAGCUUAAAUCUCCACGGAUCAUUUAUGUUUCCUGUAAUCCUGCAACAUGCGCUAGGGAUCUCGAUUACCUCUGUCACGGCGUGGAGGAGAAGAAUCUAAAGGGUUGCUACAAACUUAUGAGUGUGCAGCCAGUGGAUAUGUUCCCUCACACUCCUCACAUCGAAUGUGUCUGUUUGCUAGAGCUUGCUUGAUCUCUCUUGGCUGCUUCAUUUGGUCUCUAAUGAGAUGAGAGACAAAAGAAAACAGUGAUUUUACA